GGCCCCAGGCUGCCCCCUACCUGCCCAGGCUUCCAAAACUACAACCAGACAGCAGGUACCCCAUACCUGCCCAGUGAGGACUUCCUGCUCUCUCGUUUUCGUCCUUGGAUUGGCCGUGAGGCAUUCGGCCUUGGGCCUGCGCAAUGCAGGACGAGAGAAAAGGUGGGGGGUCGGUGGGCAAGAUGGCGGCGACUGCGACUGGUGUAGGCCGGCUAGAGGAAGAGGCGCUGCGGCGAAAGGAACGCCUGAAGGCCCUACGGGAGAAAACUGGGCGCAAGGACAAGGAAGAUGGGGAACCAAAGACCAAGCAGCUCAGAGAAGAAGAGGAGGAGGAAGGCGAGAAGCACAGGGAACUCAGGCUGCGGAACUAUGUCCCCGAGGAUGAGGACCUGAAGAGGAGGAGGGUGCCCCAGGCCAAACCUGUUGCAGUGGAGGAGAAGGUGAAGGAGCAGCUGGAGGCUGCUAAGCCUGAGCCUGUCAUUGAGGAAGUGGACCUGGCCAACCUGGCUCCCCGGAAGCCCGAUUGGGACCUAAAGAGAGACGUGGCCAAGAAGCUGGAGAAGCUAAAAAAGAGGACCCAGAGGGCCAUUGCUGAGCUGAUUCGUGAGAGGCUGAAAGGCCAGGAAGACAGCCUAGCCUCUGCAGUGUACUCUACCACCGAACAAGAAGCCUGCGACUCUGACUGAGGCUGUUUCAGGUUUGGACGCCCAAAGUCCUGGCUUUAGGACCAUGAGCGUCCGCCGUGGAGCUGACUCUCCAGGUUGAUUGGCUGGCUGCAUCAUCUCUGA